AUGAAUUCCGGCACUGGCCUCCGCAUCGCUGCUCGAAUUUUCCGCAAACCCUCCAUACUUGCACCCCGCACAGCUAUUCACCCGCGUCUCGCCCGCGCCUUCACCAUGUCCACCAAGACCCAAGAACCCGUCAUCACCAGCAUUGACGACCUCCAGACGUCCGAGGCCCGCUGGCUCGCUCUCAAGCGCAUCCAGUAUGUCGACCAGACCGGCAAGAGCCGCACCUGGGAGGUCGCCACGCGCAAGACUCGGGGCAAGGCGGGUGUCGACGCCGUCGCCAUGGGCAAUGUCCUGCGCCACCCCCGGCGCCCGCCCGCGACGCUCAUUGUGAUUCAGUACCGCCCGCCCCUGGACGCCUACACGGUCGAGUGGCCCGCGGGGCUGAUUGACGCCGACGAGACGGCCGAGCAGGCUGCCGUGCGCGAGUUCAAGGAGGAGACGGGCUAUGAGUGUCGCGUGACGAGCGUGAGCCCGCCGCAGGCCGCCGACCCGGGCAUGAGCAACGCCAACAUGCAGCUGGUCAUGGUGGACGUGGACCUGGCCGAGGACGACAGCGUGGCGCCCGAGCAGCGUCUCGAGGACGGCGAGCACAUUGAGCGGGUGAUUGUCCCGCUGUCCGAGUUUUACGACCGGCUGGUCGAGUACGCGGCGCGGGACCGGUACGUGGUGGCGGCCAAGCUGUUCCACUUUGCCGCGGGCAUGCAGUUUGCCCAGACGAACAAGUUGACGUAG